UCAUAAUGUUUGUUCGUUUUUCAAUAAUUGGUUCCGCAUUGAAUUUUACAGUAAACAUACACCGUUGAUAAUUGCUUUCUUAUGAACCAGUCAUUCGCUAUGUAAAUAUUACCAUAUAAUUUGUAGCGUAACUCUAUUUUGUUGCCUAUUUUGGACAUUUAAUUGAGCAUACAUCACAGACUUGUGCUAAACCAAGUUUAAAUAUCAAGAAAUUAUGGGAUAGAAUUGACCUGUAUCAGACCUUAAAUGAAGAUCAACCAAGGAGCGGAUUAUAAAUUAUUGUGAUUGGAAAUAAGAUCAAAUGAUAAAGCAAUAAUGGCUGAAUUGAAAUCCAUAAAUCCGGUAAGCAAUAGAAGAGAACAUACCCUCGAGACUAAUCUUAAAACCAUAGAGGGGGAUUUAAAUGUCCCAUGCAACGAGGCUGAGCAAGUUCAAAAUGUUAUCAAACCUACAAAAGUUGAUGAUCUAACUAACAAAGUUUAUGAUAAACCAGGGAAGGAUAAUGACACAGCAGAUGAUGAUAGUGAUGAAAUCUCUAUAGGUGGGGAAAUCAGUGAAAUAUCCUCUAUAAGUAGUAGUAGCAUUGAGAAUAUUCUUGAGUCAAACGUGAAGCAUGUUCAAAUUGAGGAUGAAAAUGGUGGGAGAAUACUUGAUGAUUCAAUAGAAUAUCUGAAGAAAAGUGCAGAAACACUCUUAGCUGAAUCAAACCUAACAGCAAAAGAAGGUAUUUCUUUUCCAAAAAGACCACCCAUUCAUGCUCAAGAUAAGCCUGACAGUGUGGAAAUAUAUAAAGAAUUGCUCCCUGGAGCAAAUAGUGAAAAAGACAAAUCAAUCCAGUCUAAGAAAGUUGAGAACAAGAAAUCAGAGGAUCUAAAAGAAGACACAAAAGAUCUGACAAAGGAUGCCUUAAAAGAUCAAGCAAAGGAGAAUAAAGAAUCAAGGACUACUCCAAAGAAGACUAGUAUAUUUAAGCGGUUCAGUUUUAGUAAGAAAAGAAACUCUGAGCCAAUAUUGACAGUUAAACCAAAAGGUCCAGAGAGUCUGCCUAAAACGAACAUUGAAUCAAUAGAUAGAGACAGUGAUUCUGUAAAAGAUAAGAAGCCAUCACUGUUCAAAAGAAUGAGUUCCAUUCGUAAGAAAUCAUCAAACAAAAAUAAGCUGGACCAACAGGAAACUAUGAGUGUUAAAAGUGAAUUUGGUAAUGAUAGUCCACCUAAAGCUGACACUCCUCGUAGUGGAACAUUCAGCAGUCCACGGAGCUAUGACAGCUUAAGUAGUGAUGGGUUUCAUAUGUCUCCAAGAGAUGAUCUUGAAGAACUUCGCAAAGCCAAACAAAAGGCCAAACAGGACAAGCCAAAAAGUCUCAUAAAAAAAUUGAAUUUUAGAAACAAGAAAGAUAGACCAUUAAAGAAACUUGAUGAUACCAGUUCAUUAGUUGAAAAACAAAGUCAAGAUGGCGUAAGCCUACCAGUUAUGUCUGCAGAGAAUGUCGCACCUUAUGAGCAAGACAUUUCAAAUGUUUUGGCAAAAUUUGGUGUGGCUCCUAAAACUGAAAUUGAAAUCUCACCAAAUUAUAAGGAAGGUGAAAUGAGUGACACCAGCUCGGUGUCUAGUCGGACAAAUUCACUUGAAAGAAAACCUAAGACUGAGAAGAAAAAAAGGUUUACUAUGAAACGAUUUGGUUUGAGUAAAAAAGCCAAAUCAAUGGAAGCAAUUGGAGAUCUUGAUAUUAUUGAUAGUGAAAAUGAUACAGAGGCUAAAGAUGAUGCCGUUGACAACUUUGAAAGUAACAUAAAAGAUGUCAUAAAAAGGUACAGCCCAGAGAAGAUCGAAUCUGGUAUGAGUAAAGAUAACAAGAUAGAAAGUUUAAUGGAUAAAAAGAAAGAACGGAAAACAGUCGGAAGGUCUUUCAGUUUUGGAUUCAGAAAAGAUAAACCGAAGAGUAGAGAUGCUUUGCCAGCAAAGCACUCUUGCGUAGAUUUGGAAAUGAGUUCACCCAAAAAGACAACUAAGUUGACUAAACCAAAGCAAGGUAUAAAAUCUAUUAGUUUUGAUUAAGGAUGUUGUUUAUUUAUUAAUAGUUCAAACAUUUUAGUUUAAGAUCUACUGAUAGACUAGUACAUGCAGGGGUUUCAUUAGCAGCAGACAACAGGUGAUUUUCACCAGUUGUUUUCACAAAAUCGCCUGUUGUUUUUAGGGACUUUUCAACUUUUCCAUGUUAAACUUACAUUUCCCAUUAAUUUCAUUUAUUUAGCCUGUUGUGAGAAAUUCAAGUGAAACCCCUGACAUGUAUCACAUAUGUUGUCUACAGUACUAAGGCAUAUAUGGGUGUAACAUUAAAUUCCUC